AUGAAGAUCCAAAUAGACGAAGUUCUAGUGUACUUCCCCUAUGACUCCGUGUAUCCGGAGCAAUUGAAGUACAUGAGGGAAAUCAAGCGAAGCCUUGACAACAAGGGCCACUGCCUGAUAGAAAUGCCUUCUGGAACGGGGAAGACUGUGGCUCUUCUCAGUAUGACGAUAAGCUAUCAGUUAUACAUGAAAGCCAAGAAUGCACAUUUCAAGAUAGUCUAUUGCUCGCGAACUGUUCAAGAAGUUGAAAAGGCAUUAAAAGAACUGGACAGGGUCGUUGAAUACAUAAAAAAGCAUCGUCCCAUUGAGUUUCUUGGGUUGGGACUUACAGGAAGAAAAAACCUAUGCAUCAACGAGGCUGCAUCCAAAAGUUUCAAUGUGGAUGUUGCAUGUAGAAGGCUUAUAAACAGGCUGGUGGAGUCAAAGUGCGACUUUUACGAAAAUCUCAACAGCUUCAAUGAGGUACCUGUUGCCGUUUAUGACUUUUCUCAGCUCAAAGAAAUGGGGGAAAAGAAGGGAAUCUGCCCGUAUUACCUUGUGCGAAGAUCCAUCCCAGUUUGUGAUUGUAUAAUCUAUCCAUACAACUACCUCAUAGACCCAAGGAUCUAUGCAAUAGUUUCUAAGGAACUUGGGCCUGACAGUGUUGUGAUAUUUGACGAAGCUCACAACAUAGACAGCCACUGCAUAGAAGUGUUGUCGAUAGAGAUCAAACGAAACAUCCUCGAGGGUGCAACCAGGGCAAUUAAGAACCUAGAAUGCCUUCUAAAGCAGAGAGGGCCUGCCGGGGAAGAAAGCAUGCUGUAUGAGAAAAUGAAGGAGAAAGUCGGAGAGCCUGUGGCAGACUCCAUUCCUUAUUUUUAUGCAACAGGAGAGGGAAACUAUGAGUUCAUUCCUGGAAACCUUAGGAACUCGUUUCACUUUAUAUCUGCACUGAAAAGAAUAACUGAAUUCUUCAAAACCAAGCUGAAAACAACACAUCUGACCACAGAAUCUACAGAAUCCUUCUGCAAGAGCAUCAAAGAGCUAUCGUUUGUAGAAAAAAAGGCGUUAAGGUUUUGUUCGCAGAGACUGGGGAUGCUAUCACAGUCCUUAGGUGUUGAUGAUGAGGACAUGGGGCAUUUGAAAACCGUGGCAGACUUCUCUACAAUGGUUUCCAUGUACUCAAAAGGAUUUGUGGUAAUAUUUGAGCCCUUCGACUCGCAGGCAUCCACUGUGUUCAAUCCGACUCUUCGCCUGGCAUGCCUGGACUCUUCGAUAGCAAUGUCUUCUGUAUUUGGAAGGUUCAGGAACGUGAUAAUAACAAGUGGGACCAUGAGUCCCAUUGACAUGUAUCCAAAGAUCCUCAAUUUUGUUUCCUCGAGAACAGUGGAGAUUGGUGCGACUCUUGACAGAAACUCGAUUUCUCCUCUCAUAAUAACCAAAGGGAACGACCAGAUGACGUUAAGAGCCCUUUCUGACGAUGUGGAAGCCACAGACACAUCCAAUGGGGAUGUGCUUACCACUUCGUUUUCCCUUAGGUCUGAUCCCUCUGUUGUUCGAAACUACGGGCAUCUUAUGGUGGAGCUCUCAAAGGUUGUUCCAGAUGGAAUUGUGUGCUUCUUUCCUUCAUACAUGUACAUGGAGGAAAUAGUAAGCCUCUGGGCAGAAACCAACAUAAUCAAUGAAAUAAGCAAGAACAAGCUAGUUUUUGUUGAGACUCCAGACGGUAGAGAGACGGAAAUAGCCCUAUCAAACUACAAAAGAGCAUGCGACAAUGGAAGAGGCGGGAUGCUUUUCAGCGUUGCCAGAGGGAAGGUGUCAGAGGGUGUUGACUUCGAGGAUGGGUAUGGGAGAUGUGUUGUAAUGUUAGGAGUUCCUUUCCAGUACACGGAAAGCGUUAGGUUGAAAAAAAGGUUGGAUUUCCUAAGAGAAGAGUAUGGGAUAAAAGAAUAUGAUUUUCUAACGUUUGAUGCGAUGAGACAUGCAGCCCAGUGCUUGGGACGAGUGCUGAGAAACAAAAACGACUACGGACUCAUGAUACUUGCAGACGAGAGAUUUGAGAGGAAUGAUAAGAAAAGUAAGCUUCCCAAGUGGAUACAAAAUUGUAUUGAUGGAGGGAAUUGCAACCUAAGUGUUGACAUGGCCCUUUCGAUUGCAAGAAGAUUCUUUAGAGAGAUGGCACAGGAGUGUACAGGUGCUGGAAAUAGCCUUUUAAGUGAAAAGGAUGUCGAGAACUUUGUAUUUGAGUGA